AGACAUUUGGUGUCACAAAAAUGAAACACAAACUCGGGUCAACUAAGAACGUGCAAACCUCUCGAGAGAUUGGGACGAGAUCCAGCGCAAACCAUUUGAAAAGUAGUGGUGUCAGUUUAGAAUCGAACUUCCAACUUUGGAUGAGAUUCUUUAGGUAAGUUCAGAGAGAGAAUGGUUUUGAACCAAGAUAUCAUUUGUAAGCAAUGACCCAAAAAACAAACCAUUCUUAACAAAAUAUGCAUAUGAUACUCCAAAGGGAUUAUGUAUUCUGAUCAGACCGAGCUUUAUGCCUUUAUUACCCAAUUCUUGAAGCCCAUGUAGUAGGCCCGGCCCAUGAAUUAUGAACUUCUUUCCACGCGCGAGCAAGUGCGUCUGUCGUCGGAACAAGGAAAGACGUACACGCGACACGUUGUUUACCUGCUUAAGAAUAGACGGGGCAUGGACUUUCCCGGGAACCAAACGGACACGAAAUUGAAAAUAGCGUGUUGGUAUUAGGAAACAGAGCAUCAAUUUAGCAAUGGCGGUGCGCAUGUGUCCCGCUUUCGGCCGCUCCGUCUUCAUCCCGGCAACUACGAUGAGAUGGCCCAUCAGAAACUGCAAUUUCUUGGUCCAGAAUUGUGUGUUAGACCCUAAUAAUUCACGCAAGCUGGUUCUUGAAGUGAAAGAGAAACUAGCAAAAGAUUACCAUAGUCUCCCACAAGGAAAAAAUGGAAGGGAUGAUGAAGAUAUGAUAUAUUGGUUUUUGAAGGACAGGAAAUUCUCUGUUGAGGAUGCUACGGCAAAAUUGGCUAAAGCAAUUAAAUGGCGUCGCGGAUUCGGAGUAUCUAAAUUGUCUGAAGAGUCAGUGAAAAAUAUUGCUGAAACUGGAAAAGCCUUUGUGCAUGAGUUUCUUGAUGUCAAUGGCAGACCUGUGCUCAUAGUAGUAGCAUCCAAGCACUUUCCUGCUGUGCAUGAUCCUGUUGAGAAUGAGAAGCUAUGUGUAUUUUUGAUUGAGAAGGCAUUGAGCAAGCUUCCAGAUGGGAAAGAAGAAAUGCUAGCAAUAGUUGAUCUCCGGGGCUUUGGCACUGAGAAUGCAGAUCUUAACUUCAUAACUUUUAUGUUUGAUGUAUUAUACUCUUACUAUCCGAAGCGGUUGGGUGAUGUCCUCUUUGUGGAAGCUCCUUUCAUAUUCGAGCCAAUUUGGCUGCUCGCCAAGCCAUUGUUAAAAUCAUAUGCUUCUUUGUUAUCUUAUAUGUGCAAGAUUGGGGAGAUGUUUUUGUUACCAUUGGAUGAAGAGCAAGAAACUGGGGUGGAGGAAUUCAACUCUUGUAUUGAGCUAUUUGUUUGAGCAAGAUGGAGGAUAUGUUUAUGCAUAGCUUGUCCCUAUGCAGUCUCCUGAAAACAUCUCCAACUAUGCUAAUAUUUCUUCACACGCAUACCAUCUUCCUCCCAGAGUCUGCUCAUAAUGUUUAUGAACAUCCUUUGCAUUCCUCCUCAAUUUCUGGAGGAAUUGAAAAACCCUCCUGAAAGUUGAGUCUUAACUGUUCUAUAUCAAAAUUUGCUGACAUGAAAAUGACUACAGUGUAUCAAAGAAGUGUCUUAAAACUCUUUUAUAUCAAAGAAGUGCCAUGAACACUACCAUGGACUAUUGUUUGUUGGCUGGUU